AUGAUGGACUUGAUCGAUGGGUUGGAAACUCGAUUAACCAAAACGCCAGAUAAAGUAGACGAAGGUUAUUUAUCGGGUAGAAACUCAUCCGUGUGCAAUCGAAAAAUAAUUCGGAAAAGUUCCAGUACUUCGUCGGUUGCCACAGAGAAACGAUCGGCAGGAGGGAAAUCUUACAACCUCAGUCGUUACACCAAUGUUCUGUCACGUGGGGAGUUCGAAAGGGAAAUUACGUGGAGAGAUGAAGAGAACGAAAUCAGGGGAGAAAGCGAGAGGGGGACGACAGAAAAGAACAAAGAAGCGACAAUUGAGUCUAACUGUGAAGAAUUGUGUCGACAAAGGACAGACAACACGAGUGGUUUUGGGAUGCCAUCUAUCUCGGAUAGUGAUGAAUAUGACACAGAUCUGGAAGUCAUUCCUCUGAGACCAGACGAAAGUGACAAGUAUGUGUGUCGUGCGGUAUACCAGAAGGUGUGUGAAGCGUGUGGAGAGGCUCCACAGAGGACAGUACACAGGGACCUAGGUCGUCGUUGUAUCGACCUCUCCCACAGAAACCUUGGUCCAGAUGGAAUGCAACCCAUCUGUGCAGCAUUGCUGGAGAACUUACGAGUUGAGACCUUGUUAUUAGAGGGAAUGGAUAUGAAAGACAGGGGCUGUAUGUAUCUCUCCAAUGUCCUCCUGGACAAUCUCGUUAUCACUCGAAUAAAUUUGUCAACGAAUGAUCUUGGUUAUGAAGCUGCUCGAUAUCUAUCUGUCGCAUUGGGCAGGUCAAAAACAUUGCUCCAUCUCAACCUAUCAGAUAACAAACUCGGUGAUGACGCUGUGAUAGCUCUUUCAAAGGGACUAGCAAGAAACGAGUCGCUGCUUACUUUGAACCUCAGUAAAAACAUUAUAGAAGAAGAAGGAGCCAAGGCGCUCGGCGCUGCUAUAGCCGAAAACUGUCGCCUAAACGAACUCAAUGCUAGUUGGAAUUUUAUACGAGGAGAUGGUGCUGUAGGAAUUUGUAAAUCAUUCAAGGAAAAUACAACUCUACACAUCCUACAUCUGGCCUGGAAUGGACUUGGAUAUGAGGGUACCGUGGCUGUAUCAGACACCUUGAGGACAAAUGAUUCACUCCGUGAACUUGAUAUCUCGAAUAAUCGACUGAAUUGGCAAUGUGCUGAUAUCCUCGCUAAAGGACUGAGGGGUAACUCAGACCUAGAAGUGUUAAAGGUCGGAUACAACCCGAUCACUACAACUGGAGCGAUGGCGAUAUUACAAGCAAUAGCUAACACCAGGUCUAGCUUACGUUUCCUGGAUAUGAUGAAUGUGAGUGUUCUUCCGGAGUCUGAACUGUUGGCACUAACCAUUGAACAGAAUCGGAAAUUCAAGUUUAUUCAUGGUGGAGUAGUUCGGUCACACGACACGCUCGGAGAGAAAAAAGAAAAACCCAUUGAUGCUAUGCAAAGGAUACUUGACUACAUGAAAACACUAGGCCUACGUCCAGUUGAAAUGAUUCGGGAGUUCGAUAAGACAGCAAACUACCAAAUCAGUCAGAAGGACUUCAUUGCCAGACUUAAGUCCAAAGGUAUUCCUCUCCACAAAUUUGAGAUGGAGGAUUUGGCUAGACGAAUAGCGGGCAAAAAUGGAAAUACUGUUAACUACAGAAAACUGGUGGAUUCCGUGAAGAAUCACGUUGUGAAGGAACGGAAUGAUAAAAUAAAGAUUAGAAAUAAGAAGCAAAAGAGAGAGGCGUACCACAAGAAAUUGCUUGAACUCCGGCUUCCGUCUGAGGUACUUUCAGAGCCAGAGGAAGACCAAAUUGGAUCGCUGGUAGAGCUUCGAUCCUCGUCUGCUGCUCUCACCCAGAGUUACAGCAGCCUCCAUUCAAUGGUAUCAUCCCAAAGGAGCUUGAGCAGGCUUCCGUCUCUCGUGUCAAGGUCGAGAGAUAGCGACAUUCCUCUAAGGACGACACAUGGAAGCUCUGCUGUUUUAAUGUCCGGACCUCUCAGUGGCGGAACACAUCGGACACCAAGGAAGAAGACACACAAGAAGAAGAAAGGGAUGGUCGUUUCCCAAGUUUCACUCGGGCAGAUGAACGCUUGA